GGAGUUGGUGAUGGACAGGGAGGCCUGGUGUGCUGCGAUUCGUGGGGUCGCAACGAGUUGGACACGACUGAGCGACUGAACUGAACUGAACUGAACUGAACUGAGAGAAUAGUUCUUCACCUUAACUUAAAAACAAUGGGAAAAAUUACAGCCAGAGACACUGGAAGUAUCCAAGGUAUCCAAGUAGCAAUAUUUUGUUAUUUUAAAGACUUCCAGACAGAUCUCUACUCUGGUCAAAUAGGCAUUAAGAGGGCUGCAGCAAACUAUGUACAUGCUAUUCUUCUUGGCUUCACAUUUUUUUUUAAUGUAUUAGCUCUUUGGUUUAAUUCGAAUGGCACAGUCUUCAUAGAUGCAGGCCUUUUCUUCUUGGAGCUAGGCCUUACAAUGAUAAAAUAAAGGUCUUUGACAGCCUGACUAUUCCAUUAUUAAAUGUAACAUCCUUUCUGAAACAGAGAAACCCCCCAAAAGUCAUGUGAAAAGAGGGCAGAAUCAUAAAAAAUGUUGGGAACUCUUCAAACAAUAUUAUGAUCCAUAUGUUAUUCCUUAGAAAUUUCAGUUAGGAUAGUGCUAAGUGUGAGAAUUAUAUGACUUGGAAAAAUAGAGAAAACUGAGUGAACCAUUCAGACACAAAGAAGAAAUGUUGCCACAAAUAAUUGUUCAAUGUAAGCUUAUUUUCUUAGCCCAUGAAAUGAAAUUUCUGUUUGUUUAUGAGAACUGGCUAUUCUGUUGCCAGACUGGGCAGUGGCUGUCUGAAUGUUUCUGUAUGAAUGAAAAUCUCCUCUCCCAGGGGAAAAAAAGAUAAGAGCAUUUAGCAAAGCCUCUUAGGUUUCUGAAUAUUUCAGAAAUGGCAGUCAUUUGAUAUACUGAAAAUACCCACUUCCCAAAGAAGUAAAUCUAGAUUCUCUGACUACAUCUUACAUAACAAAACCUCUCUGGUUUUUGAUUUUGCAUAGUUUGUCUGGAGAAGGCAGGAAUAGCUGAAUGCUUCCUGGUUUCUUUAGCAUAACCCAGCCCACUUGCAACACAUGCCCAGAACUACCUCAUUAGCCACUGGGAUAUAAGCCAAAACAUAAGACUACAGUCAGUAUAAGGGGAAUUAUGGGCAAGAGAGCUCUACACCAACUUAAUACUGAAUCCACUACUUUUCCAAGAUCAGAAAAUAUUACACUAACAAGAGCUUUGACAUUGUAAACCACAGACGAUUUGGAGCCUGGCUUUGAAGGGAGGUGUUCUACAACAAUUUUUUUCUUGUUUAAAGAAGUUUAAUCUACAAGAGGUAAUCUGAAAAUGACGGGGGCAAAGAGAAAAAAGAAAAGCUUGCCCUGGAGCAAGAUGCGUAUCCCCCGUUGUGAAGACUUUAAACAGUGGUGUAGGUGGCGGCUGCCUAUUUUGGAGUGGGCGACGCAUUACAGUCUGAAAGAAAGCUUGCUUCCGGAUACUGUUUCUGGGAUGAUGCUGGCAGUUCAACAGGUAGCACAAGGGCUGGCCUUUGCUGUUCUGUCAUCCGUGCACCCAGUGUUCGGCUUGUACGGGUCUCUGUUUCCCGCCAUCAUUUACGCCAUAUUUGGAAUGGGGCGUCAUGUUGCCACAGGCACGUUUGCCUUGACAUCCUUAAUAUCCGCUAAUGCAGUGGAACGACUUGUCCCUCUGAGCAGUCAGAACCUCACCACACACAGCAACACAAGUGUCCUGGGAUUAUCUGACUUUGAGAUGCAAAGGAUCGGUGUUGCUGCAGCUGUUUCCUUUCUGGGUGGUGUGAUUCAGGUGGCCAUGUUUGUGCUGCAGCUGGGCAGUGCCACAUUCCUGAUCACAGAGCCUGUGGUCAGCGCAAUGACAACCGGGGCUGCCACCCAUGUCGUGACUUCACAAGCCAAGUAUCUCUUGGGAAUGAAAAUGCCAUAUAUAUCUGGACCACUUGGAUUCUUUUAUAUCUAUGCAUAUAUCUUUAAGAACAUCAAGUCUGUGCGACUGGAAGCCCUGCUCUUAUCCUUGCUAAGCAUUGUGGUGCUUGUACUGGUUAAAGAGCUGAAUGAACAGUUUAAGAGGAAAAUUAAAAUUGUUCUUCCUGUUGACUUAGUUUUGAUGAUUGCUGCAUCUUUUACUUGUUAUUGUACCAAUAUGGAAAACACAUACGGAUUAGAAGUAGUUGGUCAUAUUCCAAAAGGAAUUCCUCCACCUCGAGCUCCCCCAAUGAACAUCCUCUCUGCGGUCAUCACUGAAGCCUUUGGAGUGGCACUUGUAGGCUAUGUGGCCUCAUUGGCUCUUGCACAAGGAUCUGCCAAAAAAUUCAGAUAUUUAGUUGAUGACAACCAGGAAUUCCUGGCCCAUGGCCUCAGCAACGUGAUUGCUUCCUUCUUCUUCUGUAUACCAAGUGCGGCUGCCAUGGGAAGAACCGCUGGCCUGUACAGCACAGGAGCAAAGACACAGGUGGCUUGUCUAAUAUCUUGCAUUUUUGUCCUGAUAGUCAUCUAUACAAUAGGGCCUUUGCUUUACUGGCUGCCCAUGUGUGUUCUUGCAAGUAUUAUAGUUGUGGGACUGAAGGGAAUGCUAAUACAGUUUCGAGAUUUAAAAAAAUAUUGGAAUGUGGAUAAAAUUGACUGGGGCAUAUGGGUCAGUACAUACAUAUUUACAAUAUGUUUUGCUGCCAAUGUUGGGCUGCUGUUUGGUGUUGUGUGUACCACAGCUAUCGUGAUUGGUCGCUUCCCAAGAGCAAAGACUUUGAGUACAAAAAAUAUGAAGGAGAUGGAAUUUAAAGUGAAGACAGAAAUGGAUGAUGAAACCCUGCAGCGGGUGAAAAUUAUCUCAAUAAACAACCCGCUUGUUUUUCUGAAUGCAAAGAAGUUCCAUAAUGAUAUAAUGAACAUAAUCCAAAAAGAAAAUAUUGGAAACCAACCACUUGAUGAAAUCAGAAAGUAUGAACAAAGCACAUUGGUCAGUUCUCUGAGUGGCGUUUGCAAUGAAGAAGCUACCCAGCCCUGCCUGAAUCCAAAGUGUUCUUUAAUCCUGGAUUGCAGUGGAUUGACCUUUUCUGACUAUACUGGAGUCUCCAUGCUUGUUGAGGUUUACAUGGACUGUAAGAACAAGAGUGUGGAUGUGUAUUUGGUCCAUUGCACGGCUUCCUUGAUAAAAGCAAUGAAAUACUGUGGAAACCUAGAUUCAGAGAAGCCAAUUUUUUUUGAAUCAGUAUCUGCUGCGAUAAGUAACAUACAUUUAAAUAAGAAUUUGAGCAUACUCAGUGACCACAGUGAAAUCUGAGACUCCUUUGCUGCAGUACCAUUCCUUUAACAACUUCCCUGAAAAGGCCAUACUCAAGUGUUUUGCACAAACUUUUUUGUUGUGUAGAACCUACAAAUGACCUUUAUGACGAGUGUGUGACUUUGUAACUGCAUAACCUCUGCUCAAGGUUUGCCAACAAUUUUAUCUAAUCUUUGUCAGUAAGUAAAUUCACUUUGUAGGUUACUAUAUAGUUAUCUUAUGAAAAUCAGUAUGCAUUUAGUUUUAGUGUACUGAAAGAUAAACAUGAAUUUAUUUCCUUUUUUUAAUACCACAAUAUUUUGUGUUAAUUUAGUUUUGUUAUAAGUUGAUUUGUAAAAGUGAGAAGUACUUUGUCCUAUUAUAGGAGAUUUAGAACAUUUGCAAGUCAUUUGUAAAAAUGCAGGAUCAUAUGUAACUAAUACAAAGAAACAACUUAUCAAGUGUGCCAUUUUCCCCUACCAAAAAAGCCAUUAAGUAUCAAUAAGCCAUGAAAUAUUCAUGUAAUAUGAUACAAAACACAGAAAGUAAGUCAAGCAAAAACAAAUGACAAAUUGGAAACCAUUCUUCUUCAUAUCUUUCCAUGCAUGGAAGUCUUCAGGAAUGUUUUCACAUCACUUUUAUCCCAGUGAAAUCAGGUUCUUGACUUUGGUUUUGUUGCGACUAUUAAAAAUAUUUAGGAUCUUCAGACCUUAGCCUUAGUUUGCACAUCCCCACCCAUGAAAGUCUCUAUUUUCAGCUUAAGUUUUGUUGGAACUAGAAAAUGGGAAAGUUGCACAUUUUAUGUUUUUUUUUCACAAAUAUGAUUUAUAGAUGAGAAAGUAUCAACAGCAGAAUAACUUUGUGCUAUUUCCAAUACAGGAUUAGCUAUAGUAGUUUGAGACUUUCCUAUUUCAGAGAGAUAGUCAAUAUACUAUAAUACAUUUAUCUGUCUAAGAUAGAUCUCCAUAGAAGGCGUAAUUUUUUUCUUUUGUUAGAGAAGAGCUUAGAUAAAUGCUUAUCUGUAAACCCACUAAAUCAACAGGGUAAUUGACAAAGUAAAACCACAGGCCAGGCUGACUUGUGUAAGUUACUAUUUUCAUGUUUCUACAUAUAUUUUAAAUCACAUAUAGUUUUAUAUGUUUAUCUACCAAUUUGAUUUACCUAUGAAGAAAUACCACUUUCAAAAAUAGGUAUAGACACAUGCAUUAAUCUUAAGGCAUUUUAGCUGUUCUAGAAAUUACCAGUUGACAAAAAGCCAAGUACUUUGAAGUGAAUUUGAGAAAGAGUUUGCAAACAAAAUUAAAAGGCUUUAAUUUUAGGUCAUUUAGGUGUUUUUCUGGACAUCUGUAAGAGAAAAUGCUCAUAUCUGCCAAGUGAUUUAAUGGCCCCUAAAUGGCACCCCACUCCAGUACUCUUGCCUGGAAAAUCCCAUGGACGGAGGAGCCAGGUGGGCUGUAGUCCAUGGGGUCGCUGAGAGUCGGACAUGACUGAGCGACUUCCCUUUCACU